GAAUGGUCUCCUCUUUUUAGCUCUACCUGUCGCUUAUUGUAAACUUGCUGUUCUAGGGUCUUCAUGAGGACUGGGUUCGUAAAGUGAAAUACUAUCCAUCUUUGCAAUGUUUCAUUUCUUGCGCGACAGCAAGUAGAACUUCAAUGUACCUUGGAGAUCUGAACAGGAGGAAAACGUUAGUACAAUCAACUAUAAAAAUUAAAUCACGGAGGAACUGUUAACUGUUCAUAUUUUUCUCUUGUACAGGUUCGGAGGACAGAGAAUGCCCGAUCCUAAGCCUAACCCUUAUUCUACCUUCGACCCAUUUUAGGAAACAAAAUCCUAAAAAUAAAAAUAACCUGUCUAGGACUAAGGUGAAAAUGCACGCCAUCUUGAUUUAACGUCAUUUAUUGGCAAUUUCAUUUGCGUCAUUGCUUUUGAAUACUUCAAGCUAACAAAUUUCAUUAAGAAAAUCAAAUAUAUCGUGCAUGCAAUACCCUGUUUAUAACUAGGACAGACUCUCACGAAGUUAUAUCAAGAGAGAGCAAUGGAUCCAUUAUUCUCUCGUGAUCAUAUACUUCGCUUAGGACAGAGCCAGAGGAUAAAGCCAGACGCUGUACAACGGUACAGCGGCAAUUCCCCGUAUAGGCCAUAUAAGCCCCUUCCCCCCCCCCCCCCACCACGCCGCAGCAAUUACCCCAGGGAGAAUGAGGGCAGUUCACAAGAAUAAGCAAUCGACUUUUGCCACCAAAAAUGUUCAGUAUCCAUCUCCUAACAAAGCAAGGAAUCACUUGUUUCUCUAACGGUUUUCUAAUUUUUAAAUAAUCCCGCAGGAGUUCCGUGUUCCGAAUCCGUAAAGGAAUUUCUUCAUUUGACUACUGUAAAGAGUGGAAUGUUAUAGGUGAGGCACUAAGUAAUGAUCCGGGUAAGGUGGAUAGCAGUUCCUUUUGUUAUGCGGCAACGGUGCUCUCCCUACAUGGGAAUGCUCUCAUUUUUACCCACAGAAUGCAUAGACCUACAUGAAGGCCGUUAACGCAAUAAAAUGCAUUUACAUUCCACUUUGAAAGGGUGUUUUUUUCUGAUAAAAAAUUUUGACCAAUCACAAGAGUUGAAAACAAUAGCCAAGAAAAGUUUACAAUUUUACAUGUUCCCCACAUACGAUUUCUUUGUUAUUCAAACUGAGACCAGAUUUUGUUAUAUGGAAGAUGUUUGGAAAGUAAGGAUGAAUAUAUGUACCGCUUUAUGAAGUUUUGUUAACUUUUGCUGUUUAAUUAAGCCAAUCAGAAGUAAGUACAGACAAUAGAAAAGUUAGCAGCUUUUUUGCAUUCCAACAUGUUCGUUGCCGUUGUUGCUAUCGUUCUUAUCUGGACCGUUUCUUAAAAAAGACACAUCAGUUUCUCCAAUGACGUCAUAUCAGUAAUAUAGACACACACGUACACAAAAGGUACUUAACUGAAUAUCCAAAGUUUUUUAUUUCCUAGUGACAGGUGGUCUUGACCAUUACGUGCGUUUGUGGAAUCCUUACGUCACAAGUAAAGCCACGUCGGUAAGAUACUAAUAUUGUCAUCAAUGUCACAGGUUCUGAAAUGUCAGACUUAACUUCCGCCCUGUUAGGUCGGCCUUAUCUUGAUUAUUGUAUCACCACUCCGCGUAUAAAUGGUUACAGCCCAACAGAAACAGCGCCAUUUAUCUCCCAGCAACACGUCUCUGUAAAACACUUGGCUUUGCAUGAUGGGCUCACAAAAUACACUGCCUCGGGUUUAUUUUGCAAAACGCAACGUUUGCGGUCAGAUGUGACAUAAAAGUAAGUUAAUUGAUGUGCUAUUCAUUAUGUUUUAGGUGCUGAAGGGCCACAGUUCAGCGGUUACUCACAUUAUAGUAAACAGUGACAAGGGAGAGAUUAUCAGUGCUGCCCAGGACAAGGUUAGUCCGCGGUCACUGUUGUCAGCACCACGCAUCCAUCCACGAUAUACUUACUGACAAUAACGCUCCUCGUGAAAGCGGUAAAAGGCGCGUUGUAUGUGUGACCAGAAUGGCACCAUAAAAAUAUGUAAAUAAAGCUGACGGAUUCAACAAGAUUGUAAACCAUGAAAUGCUCAGAACCUUCAUACAGAGCAUUAACAAGAUAUGAACAACAGAAAAUGCGCUGUUGAUAUUUUUUGAAAAUGGAUACUUUGCUUUGGUCUUUUUUUGUAACUUAAUCGCUUUGAGCGUGCCCUCGCCUUUUUUUCUGUGGCGUUUUGAGUUGAAGACUUUCAUUUCUAAUUCAUUUUUCCCCACAGGUUAUAAAGAUAUGGGACAUGCGCGACUUAUGUUGCGUACAAACUAUCCCUGCGCGGUCUUUGUUACCAGGCCCUCAUCAGAUCUCAAGCCUGUAUUUUAACUCCAAAUCUCAUUGUAUUUUUGUGGGAACCAAUCAGGUGAGACUGCUUUUUACCUUAAUGAUUCGAAAACGUAUGAGUGGAAUUGCGUACGAUCGUUUAGUCUCCGCAGUCAAUAAUGGAAGUUUUAAGCAGUCCGACGUAAGCUGAGUAGGCGCACACUCACCAAGUUCAUUUAGCUUUAGUUAGAUGUUCUUUUUUAACUGUUUCGUAUUUCCCAAGCGUGAACAUAUGAAUGUGAACUAAAAUGAUGUUUUUAUUUCGUUAGUUGUCAGUGAUUGAGGGAAAAAGGGAAGAGCCGUCAGAGGAGAGGGACAUCUGUAGUCAUUUCAAACCGAUAUGCGCCGCUAUUUACAACGAUCUCUUUGACCAGGUAGCAAUUCCUGUUAUCUAAUAAGCCCAAUAUCCGUUGUUCUGUUUUUCUAUCAUUUUUUUCUUUCAAUUAUAAGGCUUAUGUAAUAUGUUUUUCUUUACUCCUCCUUUCCACAGCCCUGUAUAUAUAUAUUGUGUAAACAAGAUAAGGAAUGAGCUUAACACACCGACCUUAUUUGGGAUUGUAUGUGAAAUUUUGUUGCCUGUAGGUUGUUAGCGGAUGCCACGACUCUGUGGUUUGUGUUUGGAGUCUGGAAACAGGCGAAAAAAUCGUUCAGUUUUCAAAUGCUCAUGGUAACUCGGAAAUUACUGCAAUGAGGUUUGAUCCGUCCAAGAGGCGCCUUAUAACUGGUGCAAGAGAUGGAACAGUUCGGAUUUGGAACUUUAAUAACGGUUGCUGCCUGCGUGAAUUACAAGCUGUUGAUGACCAAGAGGUAAUUUGUACGGUAAAACGUAUCUGGACCCUAAACCAAAGCCUUUAGAAAUUUUGUAAACUGAUCAUCUCGGCUGUCUGGUUUACGCCCUUGAUUUUGCCUUGUCUCCUCGUCAUUUGUUACCAUCAAAUCAAAGGCAACGUAAAGAAGGUAAAGAACACUUGGGGGACACAGACAGUGUGGCCAAUGUGUGAUCUACUGCUAAUCACUUCAUUCAUAAAUCAAGAGUGCAGAUCAAAAGUGAACUAUAUACAAGGGCAGCAAGCCGAGAAGGUCCAGUAUGCUGAAUUCCAAUUCUUCUGUACACAUCAUAAUCAGUUGAAUCGGGCACGGCUUAUCAUUGUAGGCUCCAUUUUCCGGCGCCACUCUCUCGGGUCCGCCCCGCCGGAGAAGAGAGGCCAGGAGGAGCGUGCGCUCAGGACCGAACAUCGGCUGGUAAUCGGCCUACACUAGUUCCUUGACAGUAUUUUGUGCACUUAAUCGUUGCACAUUGGACAAGGAUUACAGAAGACAUACAUAAUUUACGAUGAAUAUUUCAAAUGGAAUUUUCUCUUUUAACUUUGUCAGAUUACAGGCAUAUUGUGCUUUAAACAAAAAAUCAUAACAGUUGGAUGGAGCAGAAAAGUCACCAUUUACAAGUAAGCCGAUUCUACGUGUUUCUUAGCUUGGGAUAUUAUCAGCAAGAGAUCAGAAUUCCUAGUCAUUUCUUAUCAUUUCUCUGUGUACAGUCCACUAGCCAGCUGCGAGAGCAUCCGGUUUUUUCGGCUCAAGUUCCUAGUUUCACCCGCCGAGAAAAACCGGGUGAAACUAGAAACUUGAGCCGAAAAAAACGGAUGCUCUCCGGCGCAGACUAACAGUCCACAUCACAAGUCACCCUUGAUAAACAUUCUUUGUGGAAUGAGCCAGCAAGCUUGCGUGAACCAGUCCUCUGUUCUAGCAAAAGGGGAAAAAAGGAGUGGCUCCUUUGCAGGCUGUGAACUAAUGUGAAACAGUGAGGCUCCAUAGGGACCUCAAAUAAUUGCGUAGCAACUUACCUACUACGAUGUGUAGCGAAUUGACAAUGAUUGCAUCAAAUACAGCAGAACCCGCUCUGUACUUCAUUUCUAUAUUAUUCUAAUUUGUUCUAAUGAUGUUACUCCGAUUCUGUUGACUCUAAGACAAAAUCAUUCACUUUAUUUUACGUUUUCCCUCUUAACUACGGGUGCGCGGGCAACUGUUACUUAUUUCUUUGAUACAGGGACUGUCGAGAUGAAGAGGAAGCUGACCCGCGUGUAUGGAACAAUUUUCACGAGGACGACAUUUUAUCGGCUGCCAUGUAUCCCACUGGUUUAGUUGCCACCUCAGCUUAUGAUGGAGUUGUUAAAGUCUGGAAUAUUGAAAGUGGACAUGUUAAUUGUAAACUAACUGCUGAUAAUUAUGGUUUGGAAACAACACGAUCUCUCAUUCCGGCAGAUGUUAAAAGACAAGUGUCGUAUGGUAAUGCAGGUAUGGACAUAAACGAAAAAAUUUCAAGACUUGGCAAACAGAAGAACUUUUUGUGAAAACAAUUCGAGCAGUUGUGAAUAUAUUAGCGUGAGGCAAUUUUUUUUUACUUAUGCAACGCUUGUAUUAAACGCAGUUGCGAUGUUCUCUUUGAUGUAAUUGGAAAUGAUAUCUACUAAAAAGUAUCCUUAAUUAUUUAAUUGCAGUUUACUCCACAUAGUUAUUUGUAGAGCCCGCCCACCAUGAAUAUCAUUAAUUUAAUUUUCUGAUAAAUGUUAUUUUUGAUUCUGUCCACAACAAGUGAUCGAGGCAGUGAAUAGAUUUAAAGAGCCAAUGAACAGGAUGAUCAAGAGUUAUGAUGCCGCUGAUAAAAAGAAUCGCUGGUCUACAUUGACACCAUCAGGAGUGCGGACAAAGAUGGAAAACAAUGAAAAGAAGAAAGGUAUACUUACAGAUUUACCACAAGUGAAAUUCCGAUCGAGUUAUCACGACUCCUCAGUAGACAAGGUAUAGUAUACUUGACUCGUUGAAAGUGAAUGCUUUUCAGUUUUACCUCAAUCGGUGAAGUUUAUGUGCCUCAGCUUAUUUACUUUCGUUUAGGUUCUCUUCUUAGAAAAGCGUGAAAGCAGCUCAGUUUCCACAGCGACUUUAAUGACAACUGGUUCUGGUGGCUCAAUAAGGGCUUGGAGUGUAACAGGAGGGGGACUUCUUGGUCAUUUUACCGCUGUCCAAGAAGAACAUGAGUCUGUUCUCUCCAUGACAACAGAUCUCAACAAUUCUAUACUUGUAACGGGUGACAGCGCUGGGUUUGUUAAGGUAUGGGACUUCGGUUUAAAUAGGAUUCGUACUUUUUCAUUUGCAAAGUAGCCACAACAAACGAAAGCUAUCUGUACUGAAUGACAAAUAGUGUCACCGAGAAGCAAUCAGAAACUUUACAUUCUUACCAAUAUUCUGACCUAGAAUGAGCCAGCCUGCAGCCUGCCUGCCUGCCUCGCAGACGUAAUUUAACCUCUGCGAAGCAGCGCCCGCGAUAUUCUUGUUCUAGGCCCCCCAACGGACUCAACGAACUACAGGAAGAACGUUUCGAAUUUUCUCUCAUCCGGAGUCACAAAUUUAACAGGCCAGGCGCCUACUCAAAUCCUGGUACUCAGGUCCAGGCCCAGAACAAGGAUUUCAGCGCUGUUGGGCAGACGGACCAGCGUUUAGUUUCGUCAGCGGCGCAGACUACCUGGAAGCCAGCCAAUUGCGAGAUUCUUUUCAAAACGCCCACCAGUACCGAUAAACAUCGGAGGGGCCAGAAUAUGUUAAGACCCGAGAAUAGCUUGGUUUGUAACACUUAUCGGCUGAGUGAAAACGACUUGUGCUGUUUUUGAAUGUUUUCAGGUUUGGGAGAUCUCUCGUUACUGCAUAAACUCAAGCGAGCAGAAGCUAACAUGUACACUGCUGCUAAGAAAGCUUCCAUUAAUCCACACAAGAUACAGCACCAAAAAAGGAACAAUUGACACCAACCCUCCCCCACUGCUUGUUUCAUUCCGUGCUCAUUUGAAGCCUGUUGUCAGCCUGGAUUUUGUCGAUAGUCGUCAGUUUAUUAUCAGUGCUUCAGUAGACGCCUCAGUACGACUUUGGACGCAAACUGGGAGAUACAUCGGUAACGUGACCGUUCUUAGCACUCUUUUAAGCAAAUGAGCCACGUUUUAGUUCAUCACUCAUAAGAGGUGUUUGGUGAUUACUGAAGAAACAAGAAGCGAAUCAAUCAAUCAAUAAAAAAAAGGUUUACCAUGUCAGAAGGAUACUCGUGUCUCCAGUUUGUCUCUUCUGUUGGACACAUUUUCUCUUUUGUGUGGAGCCGGCCUUUUCCCCCCUUUCCUUUUAUUCAUUCCGUAGGAAAAUGACAAAAUAUUUUAGCUGCAUGUCUUACAUUCACAUGUGGAUUAGGGGCAAAAAAUAAUAAAUUAAUCAAUAAAUAACGUUAUGUAUGUUUGGUUCAUAGGGACGUUUGGUCAGCGAACAUUGUGGGAUUUGGAGAAGGCAGCCAAAGAAAGACGGAGACUUCCGCCGGAUAUUUAUCGGAUCGCAUCAGCUGAAACUCUGAGAAGCCUACAUAGUUCCCCUGGUCCGAGGUGGAGGUAUAAAAAAACUAGACUAGCAAUGGCGGAUGGGAAAAAAUAACGAAAAAAAAAAGGGAGCAAAAAAGGGAAAAGAAAGUAAAGUUGGAUUUCUGAUCCAAAACUGAGGUCAAUAUAACUGCUUACAUUUCUAGAAACGUGAGGUCGCGACUUGAUGAAGACCACACCCCUUCAAUGGCAACUUACCAUUUACACACGACAGAGCUAAUAAAACCACACUUCUUUGUCUUCCCGGGAACAAGUUAGGAUAUUGUUCAAGUACUGCCCCAUAAAUUACUUUUAUGACAACAAAUUACAGGAUAAAAUGGUCUCGGUCGGUGUAAAGAUUCUCUCAAUAUUAACCUUUCGGGGAAGUUUUUGAUAGCCGGUUUGGUGGAUCUCUUAAUAAAAUGUUUUCUAGUUUUCUAAUCAAACAGUUACUCUUUCCUAGCCCACUUGGCACUUGGUAGAUCAAAAUAUAAAGCAAAAAGCGCUUUUUAACAUUUUUGCUGGCGCUAACUCGAUGGCGGUGCUCUUUCAUUAAUUCGUGAAUACCCUUAUUUAAAAAGGGUAAGCCAAAAUACCCAUGUUGGAGCUUUCAUUUGUGAAAUAAUAAUUAUUUUACCAAAGGUGUGUCUGUUGUUGCUCUAUUAUAGACUUGCAAGACACAUAAUGCGAAUAACAGCUCUGUCACGCUGUGGAACCCAACAACACACACACGAAGCUACAGACAACACUGACGAUGAAAUAGAAUGGGACACAACCAUAGCACACUCGCUUAAAAAUGUACUCGGAAAAUUUUACAAACCAAAGACCAGGCACCGCUUCCUUCCACCUCUACCGAGGCUGAAAUUUACCCAAGAUCAAAUGAUAGUUUACUCGUCUUUGAAUUUCAAAGAACUUCAAACGAUAGAGGAACCAAAAACACCAGCGGUGUUGUGGAACCACAAUACACGAUAUAAAUCUUCAUCUUCUCUUCUUCCUCGAUUCCUCACCAAAGCUACAGGUCAUCGAGGGAGCUCUGAAUCUAAACAGACCUCUUAUUACGGCAAUACAUCCGUCAAACAACAUCGUGCAGCCAAUCAAAUCAGAGCGACAAAGAGUGCAUCGCGAAAACCAAACGACGGGUUAAUGAGAUCAACGCUAAAAAAAUAG